GCGCAAUGACAAUUUAAUAUAGAAAUAUUGGCUGCAGAAAAAUUAAGUACUUAAAACGUCAAGUUCGUUGGUCUUGAAUGAUUGUAAAUAAAUGUCUAUUUCACGAUUGCAAAAAUUGUACUAGUUGGCCAAAAGUGACACGUGUGUGAAUCUCAUAAGUCGACACUACAAAUAAGAAAAAUUCAGUGAUUGUUGAACGCGAAGGAUAAUCGUUCAAUAUGGAAGACGGCCACGCGAAAACCGUCGAACAAUCCCUGAAUUUCUUUGGCACAGACCCUGAGCGCGGUUUAACCACUGAUCAGAUCAAGAACAACCAGAAAAAAUAUGGACCCAAUGAAUUGCCAACAGAGGAAGGCAAGAGUAUUUGGCAAUUAGUUUUAGAGCAGUUUGACGAUCUUCUGGUUAAGAUUUUGCUAUUGGCAGCCAUAAUAUCAUUUGUAUUAGCGCUGUUUGAAGAACACGAAGAGACGUUCACUGCAUUUGUAGAACCUUUAGUAAUUUUACUUAUUCUAAUAGCAAAUGCUGUGGUUGGUGUUUGGCAGGAGAGAAAUGCCGAAUCAGCAAUUGAAGCACUAAAAGAAUACGAGCCCGAAAUGGGUAAAGUAAUUCGACAAGACAAGUCUGGUAUUCAAAAAGUAAGAGCGAAAGAAAUUGUUCCUGGAGAUUUGGUCGAGGUGUCAGUUGGUGAUAAGAUUCCGGCCGACAUUCGUAUUACUCACAUCUAUUCAACAACAUUAAGAAUUGAUCAGUCUAUCCUAACCGGUGAGUCGAUAUCGGUAAUCAAACACACCGACGCAAUUCCGGACCCCCGGGCAGUCAAUCAGGACAAGAAGAAUAUAUUGUUCUCUGGUACAAAUGUUGCCGCUGGCAAAGCCCGUGGUGUCGUUAUUGGAACUGGCCUCAGCACUGCUAUUGGCAAAAUCCGAACUGAAAUGUCAGAAACUGAAGAGAUUAAAACACCAUUGCAACAGAAAUUGGACGAAUUUGGUGAACAACUAUCAAAAGUCAUCUCUAUUAUUUGCGUGGCUGUCUGGGCCAUUAACAUUGGUCACUUUAACGAUCCGGCACAUGGAGGAUCUUGGAUCAAAGGAGCUAUCUAUUACUUCAAAAUCGCUGUAGCAUUAGCUGUCGCUGCUAUUCCCGAGGGCCUUCCUGCUGUUAUUACCACUUGCUUAGCGUUAGGAACACGUCGCAUGGCCAAAAAGAAUGCAAUUGUGCGAUCUCUGCCAUCUGUUGAAACUUUGGGUUGCACAUCUGUAAUUUGCUCUGAUAAGACUGGAACACUCACUACAAAUCAAAUGUCUGUUUCCCGAAUGUUCAUUUUUGAAAAAGUGGAAGGUAACGAUAGCAGUUUCCUUGAGUUUGAACUGACUGGCUCGACAUAUGAACCCAUUGGCGAGUUGUUCUUGGGUGGCCAGAGAGUUAAAGCCAGCGAUUACGACGCUUUACAGGAAUUGUCUACAAUCUGUAUUAUGUGCAAUGACUCGGCAAUUGAUUACAAUGAAUUCAAACAGGCAUUUGAAAAGGUCGGUGAGGCAACGGAGACCGCAUUGAUUGUUUUGGCAGAAAAACUGAACUCUUUUAAUGUUAACAAAUCUGGAUUGGAUCGCAGAUCAGCUGCUAUUGCUUGUCGUGGUGAAAUUGAAACGAAAUGGAAGAAAGAGUUCACGCUUGAAUUCUCUCGCGAUCGUAAAUCCAUGUCUUCUUAUUGUACACCACUUAAGGCAUCUCGCUUGGGUACUGGUCCAAAACUCUUCGUCAAGGGAGCUCCAGAGGGUGUGUUGGAUCGCUGCUCACAUGCUCGUGUUGGCACGAGCAAAGUGCCACUGACGUCUGCGCUCAAGACCAAGAUCUUAAAUCUUACAGGCCAGUAUGGUACCGGACGUGAUACCCUACGUUGCUUAGCCCUUGCGGUUGCUGACAGUCCAAUUCGUCCCGAAGAAAUGGACUUGGGUGACUCUACCAAGUUCUAUCAGUAUGAAGUUAAUCUGACCUUUGUCGGAGUCGUUGGCAUGCUGGAUCCCCCGCGCAAAGAAGUUUUUGAUGCCAUUGUUCGUUGUCGCGCAGCCGGUAUUCGUGUUAUUGUUAUCACUGGUGAUAACAAGGCUACUGCUGAAGCUAUUUGCCGUCGUAUUGGUGUAUUUUCUGAGGAUGAAGACACCACUGGAAAAUCGUACUCGGGUCGCGAAUUUGACGAUCUAUCUCCUGCUGAGCAAAAGGCCGCAGUUGCACGGUCUCGCCUAUUCUCGCGCGUGGAACCACAGCACAAAUCCAAGAUUGUUGAAUUCUUGCAGGGCAUGAACGAAAUAUCUGCAAUGACUGGUGAUGGUGUCAACGACGCUCCAGCUCUUAAGAAAGCCGAAAUUGGUAUUGCCAUGGGCUCCGGUACAGCUGUAGCUAAAUCUGCCGCAGAAAUGGUUUUGGCCGAUGACAAUUUCUCUUCCAUCGUUUCUGCUGUUGAAGAAGGUCGUGCCAUUUAUAACAACAUGAAGCAGUUCAUUCGUUAUCUUAUUUCAUCCAAUAUCGGCGAAGUCGUUUCCAUUUUCUUGACAGCUGCUCUUGGUUUGCCCGAAGCAUUGAUUCCAGUUCAACUCUUGUGGGUUAACCUGGUAACAGACGGCCUACCAGCUACAGCUCUUGGCUUCAACCCACCUGACUUGGAUAUUAUGGAGAAACCACCAAGGAAGGCUGACGAAGGCUUAAUUUCAGGAUGGCUGUUCUUCCGUUAUAUGGCCAUUGGUUUCUAUGUCGGUGCAGCAACGGUUGGUGCAGCCACUUGGUGGUUUGUGUUUUCUUCGGAAGGUCCAAACCUAUCAUACUGGCAGCUCACUCAUCAUCUUGCCUGUUUGGGCGGUGGAGAGGAAUUCAAAGGUGUAGAUUGUAAAAUCUUCAGCGAUCCACAUGCGAUGACCAUGGCUCUAUCUGUGCUUGUAACCAUUGAAAUGUUAAAUGCAAUGAACAGCUUAUCAGAGAACCAGUCCUUAAUAACAAUGCCUCCAUGGUGUAAUUUGUGGUUGCUUGGUUCAAUGGCUCUAUCUUUCACGCUUCACUUUGUCAUUCUAUAUGUUGAUGUCCUCUCUGCCGUCUUCCAAGUGACACCGUUGUCUGCAGAGGAAUGGAUAACUGUGAUGAAAUUUUCAAUUCCUGUAGUUUUAUUAGAUGAAACGUUGAAGUUUGUUGCUAGAAAAAUUGCAGAUGGUGAGAGUCCUAUAUAUAAGAUGCAUGGGAUUGUGUUAAUGUGGGCUGUCUUCUUUGGCCUGCUGUACGCUAUGAUGCUUUAAGAAUAUUAUAAUCAUUAAGCCCAACAUCAUUAUUCUAAUAACUAGCAUAAAGUGUUACUAAAUAUAAACAGAAAGAAAUACCUAUAGUAAUGAUUUUAACCAAACAACACAUAGACUUAUUUCCGAAUAUUACUAAAAAAAAAAAACAAAAAAUCACGCGUGAUAUUUUGAUAGAGAUUUACUCGCUAAUUUACACAAACACCGUGAAAUCGUCAAUAGAUUAUGAUCAAACGAUUUAUCGAAACGUACACCUAAUAAUUCUGUUUGAAUGCGUUUUACAUAAGGCAUUGAUUUUGUACAUGCAAUUAAAUAGAUGAUUGUAGUUUGGAAAAUUGGAAAUACAUACGUGAAGUUUCAGAA